UUUUCAAUUUAAAUUUUUGCUCUUCAGAUACUAUGAAAAUUAUUUUCAAAACAUUAAUUGCACUUCUACUGGUGCAAGUCAGUUAUGUAAAUUCGUGGGAUCAUCUCAGGCACGCCAGUCCUGGUCAGUUUCCACAUCAAGCAGUAUUGGUAUGGAUCGGAGCAUUACCAUUUCCUCCAUUUCACUUAUGUGGUGGUGCAAUCUUGAACGAAUUCUGGAUUUUAAGUUCAGCGUACUGCGUUGUUGAUAUAUUACAUUUAAAUAACGUACGUAUCAAGGUUGGUAGUCACAAUAUUUCUUUAGAUGACGAGCACGUACGAAACGUUGAGGUGGCAAAGAUUAUCGUUCAUGAAAAAUAUACUAGGUGA